UCUUCCUCACCCACCCCCUUUCUCUCCGUCUCCCUGGUCCCCGCACCUCCAGUCUGCUUCUGUUGUCUCGGCGGACCGUUGGGCUGUGGGAGAGAAAGGAUAUCGCGAGUAUUGGAGUUUUGGUGAGAGUUUGUGGAAGAUGGCGCCUGUUGUGACAGGGAAGUUCGGGGAGCGGCCUCAGCCACUGCGCCUAACGAGAGAAGCGAUGAGGAACUACCUGAAGGAGCGAGGUGACCAAACUGUCAUGAUCCUGCACGCAAAAGUUGCACAGAAAUCCUACGGCAAUGAGAAAAGGUUCUUCUGCCCCCCUCCAUGCGUUUACCUGAUGGGUAGCGGCUGGAAGAAAAAGAAGGAGCAGAUGGAGCGGGACGGCUGCUCCGAGCAGGAGUCGCAGCCCUGCGCCUUCAUCGGCAUCGGCAACAGCGACCAAGAAAUGCAGCAGCUUAAUUUAGAGGGAAAGAACUAUUGCACAGCCAAAACCUUGUACAUAUCCGACUCCGACAAGAGAAAGCACUUCAUGUUGUCCGUCAAGAUGUUCUACGGCAACAGCGCGGACAUCGGUGUCUUCCUCAGCAAGAGGAUCAAAGUCAUCUCCAAGCCCUCCAAAAAGAAGCAGUCGCUGAAAAACGCAGACCUGUGCAUCGCGUCGGGGACCAAGGUGGCGCUGUUCAACCGCCUUCGGUCCCAGACGGUCAGCACGCGCUACCUACACGUGGGAGGGGGCAACUUCCACGCCAGCUCCCAGCAGUGGGGCGCCUUCUACAUCCACCUGCUGGAUGACGAGGAGUCAGAAGGAGAAGAGUUCACUGUGAGAGACGGUUACAUCCACUACGGCCAGACGGUCAAGCUGGUGUGCUCCGUCACCGGCAUGGCGCUGCCCCGACUGAUCAUCCGCAAAGUGGACAAGCAGACGGCGCUGCUGGACGCCGACGACCCCGUCUCCCAGCUCCACAAGUGUGCCUUCUACCUGAAGGACACGGAGCGCAUGUACCUGUGCCUUUCCCAGGAGAGGAUCAUCCAGUUUCAAGCCACCCCAUGCCCAAAGGAACCAAACAAGGAGAUGAUCAACGACGGCGCCUCCUGGACAAUCAUCAGCACGGACAAGGCUGAAUACACCUUCUACGAGGGCAUGGGCCCCGUCCACUCGCCUGUCACCCCCGUGCCUGUGGUAGAGAGUUUACAGCUGAACGGCGGAGGCGACGUGGCCAUGCUGGAGCUGACGGGGCAGAACUUCACUCCAAACCUGCGGGUCUGGUUCGGAGAAAUCGAGGCUGAGACAAUGUACAGGUGUGCGGAGAGCAUGCUGUGCGUGGUGCCCGACAUCUCGGCCUUCCGCGAGGGCUGGCGCUGGGUGCGGCAGCCGGUCCAGGUGCCCGUCACGCUGGUCAGGAACGACGGCAUCAUCUACUCCACCACGCUGACCUUCACCUACACGCCGGAGCCCGGGCCGCGCCCCCACUGCAGCGCCGCCGGCGCCAUCCUGCGGGCCGGCAGCUCCAGCCUGCUCAGCAGCAGCGGCGACGGCGGCAGCCAGGAGGCCGGCGGCGUGUACGGCCCCAACAGCACCUCCGGCGGGGGGGUCACGUCCUCGUCCUCCGCCGCCGCCGUGGUCUCCUAACGCAGGCAGGGGGGGGGAGGGCGGGGCGCCCGCCCGCUCCAUACGAUAUGCUUUGAGAGAGCGAAUGUAACCCGCAAGGUAUACAGAGACAAAGAGGGGGGGGGGGGGGUGAAACACAAAGACUGACUUACUCUAAAGUGCUGCGUGUUAAUUGUUUUUUGGAUACAAAAAAGCCGAAGUGGAGAAAGAAGAGGAAGAAAAAAAGAAGAAAUGAGGCAAACGCAAGCGAGGGAAAUCUGGGGGAGCGACGUUACCAGAGAGUAAGCGAGGAGGGUGCUCCUUGACACCCCCACCCCCACCCUAACCCCGGUUACCUUAGGGACCAGCCUACCCAGUCCCCGUGUUGUUGGAACGAUGGGAAAAACCCCCCGCGGGCGCCUUUCUGCGUGAACCACGACAACAAAACAUCCACCGUGUGCGAAAAGGAACAAAGUCUCUUCAUCCCCCCUCCUCCUCGUCCCCCCCCCCCCACUCCACUUGUUCAGUAAUUAUUCCCUUUUUGAUCUGCGGGUGUGUCGUUGUCGGAAGGGACACAUCGAACGUGACAUAACAUAGUUUUUAUGGACCAAGGAUCUUGUAUAAGCUUUAGUAAAGGUACAUUUUUCUCCAUACCUUUUUUGUAUUAAACAUAUAGUACACUUUUGUUACCAAAUAGUUUCUAUUCUUCCUCUGACAGCCCCCCCCCCCCCCUUUGAGGUCCAAAAUCCCAACCAGUAUGUGACCUCACUACAAACGCCUGUUCUGCAGUCCUCGGAUUGAACUUCUUUUUAAUUUUUUUUUUUUUUUUUUUACACUCUUUGCUUCUUCUGUUUUGAGGAAAAAAAACAAAAAGCCUGAACUGAUAAUUUUCAUAAGCAAAGGUUGUUUUUAUUUGUGUGUGUGUGUGUCUGCGUGGAGGGGGGGUGGGGGUGGGGGGGCUCAGAGGGCCUAUGUUUCAUCAUUGUUUUUAUUUUUUAAAUGAAGUCUUUAAAAAGAAAAGCUUUAAGCAACGCCUCUGCCUUGCCUGCAAUACUCUGUGUGCGCUAUGUCUCCUCUUUGGAAAGAACGGGAAGCGCAUCCACGUCAGUACGUCUGACGCGUCCGCACAGCACCCACAAACAAUGGAGAAAAGCAUGGUGGGGGGGGGGGGGGGGCCUUCCAAGGACCGCCUUAGAUGCUGUGCGUCCUGAGCGCUCACAUAUCUUUAAUUCCCUGCAUCGUCGCCCAGUGGAACUGACCGAGGCGUCUUCCGGGUAGAGGCGGGACACCUUUUUUUUUUUUUUUUCUUCAAUUUGAAUGUGGCCUUAAUGAUAAUCUUAACAAAAACACACAAAAAAAACGAGUACUUCACCUAUUUUUCAUGCAAACGCAGCCUUCCGGAGGGACUCUCUCGGCCUUCCUCUUUCUCGCUGUACAAGUAAAAUAAAGCCCUUUUUUUUAUUUUUGUUUUUUUUUUAUUCUCAUGCGGUGCUCAGCACCCCUUUUUUUUCCUCCACUUUUUGGUACAAUGUCUCACGAGCGUCAUGAGCUCUCUUUCAGCCUUCUUUUUUUAAGACGACCGCGACGAGAAACAAACAAACAAAGAAACAAAGAAAAGAGAUCUCCUGUGGUUUAUUAGCUUGUGUGCGUUGUUGAACUCACUGUCCGAGUAGUUGCACUCAUCUGCGUCUCCUGUAGGAGUAUAAAGGCCUUCUAAAUGUGUGUUAUUGAAGAUGUGCGUUUUCAAACAGAACAGCAAUAUUGUACAGGUCAUUUCAUGUUGUUGUUGUUUUUUUCUCCCUUUUUGUCCGCCUGAGCACUAGUUCACCAGCCAGCAAAGUGUGUGUGCGUGUGUGUGUGUGUGUGCGCGUGUGUAACUGUCGUAUGUGGUCGCUGUAAUGGAACAUUGAGUCUGACUCGCUCCAUUUCAGCUUGUGUUCUUAACUGCUCCCCCCCCCCCCCCCCCCCCAGAAAGAAAAGGAGGAGAAGGAAAGAAGAAGUUGAGGCCGUCUUCCAAACGGGAUCGUUGUGUGUUUACAGUCCGACUGUACGCACCUCCCAACAAACAGUACUGUCAACUUGAAUGUCCUACCAACAACAAACCCUUGAAAUAGGAACAAAAAAAGGAUUUGCCUGCCCCCC